AUGUAUCUCGAUCACGUCGUUUCCCUUCCGUUCACUACACCCCCCGACCAUUCCCCGCACCAUGAUCAAUUCCGCACUUCCCGCCAACUCCUCCCCUCGGUCUCCGGGCAUGUUCAGCACAGCACGGCAUCAAUGCAGUUCCACUUUCACUACAGUACAGCCCCGCCAGAUGCUGCGGCGCGCGGUGCUCGUGGCGCGGAUUCCGGAAGCGAAGGCGCAACCGAAAGCUGCCUUCCCUCUUCCUCCGCAGCCUUUCCCUUCUCCCCCCCCGCGGGGAUCUCCCCCUUCUCCGCUUCCGCCUCCCCUUUUUCCGCCACCGAUACCCGAUCUUUCCCCCUUGACCCUACACUUGCAAUGCCGGCCCCGUUCUUUCCGCCGUCGUACCCGUCUCCGUUCUUCGCGCCGCACUUACCGCCGCAUUUGCCGCCGCACAUGCCCGCUUGCCCGAAGCAACUCGCCAAGUGGCAGAAGCAGGCCUCCGUUCCCGUCCCCGUGUCUUCCGCCGCAAUGCGCGCCGCCCAUCGCGGCGACAAGCUCCCCCCACCGCCUGGUACGAUGCCAAUGGCAAUGCUCGGGGGUCCUUGCUCCCAGUAUCCCAUGCCCGUGAGUUACGGCGGACCUUACGGCGGGUUUUACGGGCCGGCAGAUAUGGCAGCUGCAGGAGGCAGUUCCGCUCAAGCUGGUGCCGCUCCUGCGGCGGCGGCGGCGGCAGCGGCGAGAACAGCGGGGUGGAACGGCGUUUCCGCUCGACCCAAUCUGCCCUCCGCCCCGUCCGCCCCGUCCGCCCCCUCCGCCCCGUCCGCCCUGUCCGCCCCUUCCGCUUCCGCCCGUCCUUCCCCUCAGCCUGCUCCCGCCGCUCCGUCCGCUUCCAGCCCUUUCUCUCCUCGCGACGCCAUUUCUCCUCCUUCCGCUUCCUCCCCUCCUUCCGCUUCUUCCGCCCGUUCCGCCCUGUCCGCGCCCUCCGCCCCCCCUCCAUCCGCCGCUCUCGGACCCGCACACCCUCCUCCCCGCGCGUCUUCCGCGGGUCCUCCUACAUCCGUCCCCCGCGCUCCCGCUGGUGUUUCCGCUGGUGCAGCUCCCUCGGGCGCAGCUUCCCCCGCGGGCGUGCAGGGCGCGCGGAACUUCCCGCACAUGUACUGGCGGGUCGCGCCGCCGUCAGCUGCCGCUGCUGCGACUAUGCCGAUGGGCUACUUGACGGCCAUGCCCGGAAUGGCCGGCAGUUCUGCCGGCCAGAGCCUGCCGGCGCAGUAUGGAGCCCUGUACGCGGUAGAAGCUUCCCCGUUUCUUCCAUUCGGGCCGCAUGAGGGGGCUUUUGCCUUUGCGCCGAUUAUGGGCGCGGGGGGUUUGGCGCAUGAACAGGGAGGAGCGGAGAUGGCGGGGAUGGGGAGCCUACCGCAGGGGAUGGGGGUAGUCGGGGCAGUGGCGGGGAUGGGGACGACGGGAAUGGGGGGCAUGGGGGGAAUGGCGGGCAUGGGGGCCAUGGCGGGGAUGGCGGGCAUGGGGGGCAUGGCGGGCAUGGGGGGCAUGGCGGGGAUGGCGGGCAUGGGGGGCAUGGCGGGGAUGGGGGGAAUGGCCGGCAUGGUGGGGAUGGGGGGAGUUGAGAUGGGGAGCAUGGGGGGUUUGCAAGGGUUUCCUAAGGUGCAGGGCAUGCAAGGCAUGCAAGGGAUACAAGGAGUGCAGGGACAACAAGGGGUGCAAGGCAUGCAGGGAAUGCAGCGAGUGCAGAGCAUGGCAGGCAUGCAAGAGUUACAGGAGAUGCAGAGGCAGCAAGCUGCAAUGCAGGGGAAGGAGAAGCAGCACGGGAAGCUGAAGCGGGGCGAGGGCAAGGACAAGGCGGCUCACCGGUACCGCGGCGUGAGGCAGCGACCCUGGGGCAAAUGGGCGGCUGAGAUCAGAGACCCAGCGAGGGGAGUGCGGCUGUGGCUGGGUACAUACGACACAGCAGAGGACGCUGCGAGGGCCUAUGAUGCCGCCGCCCGAACCAUCCGGGGCGCCGACGCCCAGACAAACUUCGCCGACCCAAACCCCCCCGCUGCUGCUGGCGCUUCUGCUGCUGCUGGUGAUAGUGGUGCUGGUGGUGGUGUUGCUGCUGGUGCUGGUGGUGAUUAUGGCAAGGCGCACAAGUACAUGCAGGAGUACUGCAGUGACACCGAGAGUUUUGCAAGCGAAGUGGCAUCGGAGCUGUCAGAUUGCAACAAGCUGCUACCCUCAGGAGGAGCUUCAGGUGCCUCAGGUGUUUCAUGUGCUUCAGGUGCCAUUCCUGCCUCAGGUGCCAUUCCUUCUUCAGGUCUCAUCCCCACUGUUCCUAGCACAACCUACACCGACAAAAAACCUGCCACUGCUGCUGCUGCUGCCGCUGCCGCUGCUGCUGCUGCUGCCGCUGCAGCCAAUCCUGGUUCACGACUCCUUGAAAAGGCAGAGAGAACGGAGGGCAAUGGUAACAGUAACGUCGAUGUGCUUAUAGAUCUGCCGGCUCAAUUCACUGACAUGUCUGCGUGCCUGCUGUUUUCAAGCUCUGGCCCUGACGUUGUUGCUUCAGGUGCAGCUUCAGGUGCUGCUGAUCCAGGGCCUGCCACUGUUGUUGGUGUUCCCGCUGUAUACGGCGAUGCUUCAGGCGGGCCAGGUGCUCUGGCUGCUUAUGGUCUAGGUGCACGGCUGUCCAUGGCUAUGGUAACAACUGGUAGAAUGCCUUCUUCCGAUCACACUGCCGUCCCUGAACCUUGGUCGUCUCGCCCUUCCGCUUCAGGACCUCUGCCUGGCGCGAUGCGUGCAUCUGCUGCACCCAGACCGGCUCCAAAUCGUUCGUAUAGCCAGGGACUUUCGCGGUGUCCCGUUAAUAGGUCACACACCGCCAUCCACGGAAUCCCGGAGCUCUCCACGUCUCCUUCCUUCGAGGAGGCCUCGCUACUUAUAGGUGAGGCCAUGACUUUCGAUCGCACGCACUGGCACCCGCACGCUCUCGGCUCCUCCGCUUCCGUUCCCGAACUCUCCACGUGGCAUCCCGAGAAUCACGGGGUCGGCGCUAAUGCCGCCUCGAACAGCCGGUUGUUAGAAACGGUCCGCGAGCAUGAGAGCUAUGUGCAUAGACCCUCGUUCGGCGCAGCUGGUGUUGAAUCGGGUGAUGUGAAGCCUGCUGACGCCAAGGCCGGUAACGCCGAGGCGCAGAGGCCUUGGUUUCCUGGAGCAGCUGGAGAGACGAUUCCCGUGGGAGGCGGAGAAGGGCCGUUUUUUGGAACUUCUGCUGCGAGUGGAGGGCUGUUUUCGGCGCAAGGCGGAGAGCUUUUUUCGGGGCUUCCAGUGCAGGAGCAGCCGCGCUGGGCGCUUCCGGAUUCGGAGAUGGGAUGGGGGGACGCGGGGGGCGCUGGGGCGGAGGAAGCGGGGAGGGCGGGAGGCGGAAGAGGGGAAGGCGGGGCGGGGGUGCGGGACGACGGGGCGGACGUGGAAUUCGCUGAUUGGCUGAUGGUUCCUGGGGAAGGGGACGAGGCGAUUCCGGGUGACGUGCUAGGAGGAGGUGGUCAGUGCGGGCCUAAUAGUAAUACCCGUGUGGCAGACGGUCAUGGAAAGGGGCAGUUAGUAGAUGGUGUUGAUGCUCGUCAUGCUAGUGCUGUUCCUGCUGGUGAUGCUUCUAUCGGGGAUGUUUCUAUUGGGGAUGCUUCUGGUGGUGAGGCUUCUGGUGGUGCUGUUUCUGGCGUUGCGGAGUGCACAGCAGAGGGAGCGCGAGACCCGAGUGCGCAGGACGGGGAAGCUUGUAUGGGGGAUGGAGGGUCAACUCAGGAAGGGGAGGGAGCCUUAAGGCAAGCAGGGGGUACGGAGUGGAGAGUAGAGCGAGAGGGAGACGUUCUGUCGGCUUGCCCUAGCCUGCCUGACGACCUCGCCUGGUGCUCCUGGCCGGGCUGUGAAGACGUGGCUACUGCUCGUCGCGCUGUGCAAGGUGUUGUUGGUGCUGGUGGUUUGGUAUCUGACGUGGACAGAGGUCAAGCGCCGUUGUGCCGCGGGCACCAGGCACUGACGUCAGACAAGCGCGUGAGGGGCGGGUGCCUCAUGAGCGUGCUACAGUCAGGCGCAGCUGCGGAGGAGCUGGCUCAAGCAGGCCACGAGGAUGCGGAUGUAGCGGGGAUGGGGCACCAGGCACUCACAUCAGAGAAUCGUGUGAGGGGCGGGUGCCUCAUGAGCGUGCUACAGCCAGGCACAGCUGUGGAGGAGCUGGCUCAAGCAGGCCACGAGGAGGGGAACUUUGCUAAUGGUAAUGGUGAUCGUGAUGACGACGAUCGUGACGAUGAUGGUGAUGAUGGUGAUGAUGGUGAUGAUGAUGUGGCCGAUGGUGGUGCUGACGUGGCAGCCUUAGAGCUCAAUACGGACACAGAUGUUGAUUUCAGUGCCUUUGCUGCGCCGUUUGCAUCUGGCCCGUUCGCUGCUAGUCCGUUUCUCAGCGGGUUUAACGGAUUCGGCCACCCUGGGGGGCACAUGCUACUUGAGGAGCCUGCGUUUGACCUUGACUUUGCAGCCUUCUGGGGGUUUGGGACAGCGCCUGAAGACGCCGCUGGGGUGACUGCAGUGGCCCAAGGCCUCAACCCAGCAGAAAAAGCCUCUGGCUGGCCAGGUCAAGAGUAA